UCUCUUACCUCACAUACUCUCAAAAGCAAUGUAAAGUAUAUUAAUGACAUUUCCAGUUUAUGCACAUUAUACAAUGGGUGCACGUGUCUCUUUUGGCCUUUCUAAAUUACAAUGUGCCACCAUCUAAAUACAGUAAUUACUAACUGCCCAGUCUGACAGAUAUAUGGGUCAUUUCCUCUUUCAGUGCAAGAUGGCUAUUUAUUCUCCCUUUGAUCUUCUCUAACUCCCCUUCUUCACCACAUUGUUUGUUAAUUUAACCUGCAAACCUGGGAGGGAGCAAAGGCAAAGAAAUGAGUCUGAAUAAGUGUCUUUGUCAGAUGAUGGUCCGCUUUCCAGAAACCCCUCUCUCUCUCCUUCUUUUCCACUCUCCUCCCUGUGCUCUCUCUCUGUCUCUCUCUUUUUUUGUGCUGACUACGUGUGGGUUUAAGAGCGAGGCACAGAGAGACUCCUCAGGUACAUGCUGACUGUCAGGCAGCAGAUCAUCUUCACCAUGUUGAGAGUCUGGGUUUUGUGUGUUAGCUUGGCUUCUUUGGCCAUGGGGCAGGAGCCCUUACAAGCGCCAGGGACGAGUGAUGAAUCCGGGAUGAACGUGAUGACCACGGCGUCCCCACUCUGGACAGACUCACCUGGGGCACCUGAGACCAACGCUACCUCCGAACAGGUGGAUGCAUCAGUGAAGAGCAUGACUUCAGGCUCACGGGCGCGUAGGGCGGGUGAGACCCAGAGAGAGAGGCGCUCAGGGGCCACGGCCGCGGAGACCGACACACAGUCGGAGCUGGGCCGCACGGCAGCCGUGUGGGUGGAGAUGGAGUCGGUGCUGGGGAGGAGAGAGACUGGCCAGGGCCAGCUGGGCUCAGUGCUGCAGGACCUGAAGGAGGAGAAGAGGCGACUGUUGGACGAGGAGGUGAACAAGAAGGGGAAGGGGAAAAAAGAGGAGGAGGAGGAGGAGGAGGAGGAUGAUGACGAGGAGGAGGAAGAUGAUGAUGAUGAGGAAGAUGAGGAAGAAGAAGAGGAGGAGGAAGAAGAAGAAGAGGAGGAGGAAGAGGAGGAAGGAGGGGAAGAGGAGGAGACUGAUGCAGCAUCCAACAGCACGGACACCACGAGUGGCUUCACAGACUUGUUACCUGAGGGCUGCCAGCAGGUGGCGCCACUGAUCUCCUGUAAGGACGUGGGCUUGACCCGCCUGCCGAUCAUCACUGAUUUAGCAGUCACCACGUUAGAGCUGCCGGGAAACAACAUCAGUAAAAUUCCUCCACGAGGCUUCGCCGGGCUUCCAAACUUGGAGGAGAUUGACCUCAGCAGGAAUCAGCUCGAGGACUCCUCACUGGGAACAUACUUGUUCAAGAACUUGACCAAGCUGCGCAAGCUGAACCUGGACUCUAACGGCCUGACCACGGUGCCCCUGCUCCCGGCGUCUCUAGAGGAGCUGAGCAUCAACCAGAACAGGAUCAGCCAGCUGCUGCCCAAGAGCUUCAGAGGCCUGUUCAACCUACGCUCUUUGGUGCUCAACCAAAACGAGCUCUACGAUGAUGGCGUCUCGCCGCUCGCCUUCAGGCCUCUGAAGAACAUCAUCUACCUUCGGCUGGACCAGAACAACUUCCGAUCCAUUCCGCAAGGGUUGCCUCCCUCACUGCAGGAUUUGCGGAUGCGUGAAAACCAGCUGCAGGAAGUAGAUGGGGUCUCGCUCAACAAGUCCGUCAACUUGCAAGUGCUGGACCUGAGUCACAACUACCUGAGGGAACACACCAUCUCCCCUCAAACUUGGGUCAACCUCCCUAAACUGGAGGCCCUGGACCUGUCCAACAACCAGUUCUCCCUGGUGCCCAGCAACCUCCCCACAGCCCUGCGGCAGCUCUCCCUGCAGCACAACCACAUCGACACCGUGCCCGACUACGUCCUGAGCCAUCUCGUCCCGGGCCUGCUGUCGCUGCGCCUGUCCCACAACCGCAUCCGUAACGAAGGGCUGAAGGGCCCAUCAUUCCGCGGUGCUUACCGGACGCUGACAGAGCUGCUGCUGGACAACAACGAGCUGGAGAUCGUCCCGCGCUGUAUGCGCGUCUUCCGCCAGCUGCAGCUCCUGCGCCUUGACCACAACCGCAUCAAAGUUGUCCCCAGGUUUUCUCUGUGCCUACGCCAAAGGAGGAAGAGCUCUCCUCUCGCCUCUCUGCACCUAGAGCACAAUCAGAUCGACACGCAGAGGAUGCACCCCGCCGCCCUCACCUGUAUGGACAGCUCCAGCAGCGUUACCCUGGAGCCCCAAGGCUCCUCGGGCACGCUGGACGGGGCGGAGAGCACCCUGUCCUGAGCUCUGGGCCCUGAGUCCUGAGUAUGGCGCCCAUGUAGUAGUGUGAUGUGGCCAGAUGUGCAUCAUAUUAACUCAGAUUCACC